AUGGGUGUCAGGCUUCUUCUUCAAAAAGGCACCGUGCUGCAGCAUGAUGCGAAAGAUAAUGUUAUCGCCCUUAGAAACACCGACAUCUUGAUCGAUGGUGAUCGCAUUGUUGAGAUCGGGCACAAUCUUCAACCCCAAAAUGCCUCCGCAGUUGACUGCGACGCCAAUUUUCAAAGCUUCAACUUCUCGCCCGAUGAUUUCUUCUGGGGUCAACUAGCUGGAUGUCUUGAAGCCCUUGACUCGGGAACAACAUGCGUUGUUGAUAAUGCACACGGCGCGUCCAGCCCCGAACAUGGCCCAGCAGCCCUGAGCGCUGCUUUGGUGUCUGGAAUACGGUCCAUAUUUUGCCAUGGUGUCAUGCCAUUACGUGCGGCAGAAUGGACAGAGUCUUCGUUUGAGCUUGAUCGCUCCCCUCAACCUGACUGGCUGCUGCCCCAGAUGGAUUCUCUUGCUGCAAAGGCGCCGUUUGGAGAUGAUAAGAGAGUGCAGUUGGGUUUCUUCUUUGACAGUCACUUCUUGACGGAGAGUGUUAUUUCUGAGACGCUUAAUCGUGUGAAAGAUGCGGGAGUGAAGCUUAUUACAAGCCACUACAGACACUGGCCAGUCUCAAAAGGACAAUCUCGGGUGCCGGAGCAAUUACAAGCCAGCGGUCUUCUCGGCCCUGAUAUCCUCCUUACUCACGGCAACGGAACAACACCAGAACAAGCAGCUCUCCUCACUGAAGCCGGGACUUAUAUCGUCUCAACUCCCGAUGCCGAAAUCUUCAUGGCAUCAGGCGCAGACCCAGUAGCGUUUCGGGAAGAUCUCCCAUUGACAUGCCUCGGAGCCGAUUGUCACUCCUGUGGACCAGUCAGCAUGAUGCAUCAGAUGCAGAUGGCGCUAGCAAGUGAUCGAGGAAUGCAGAACUCGACGACUUUUGCACAAGGUCACUAUCCCAAGAAGAUGCGGGCUACGGUGCAGAAAGCGUUCAAUUUGGCUACCAUCAAAGCCGCUCGGGCGAUCAACAUGGAUAAAGACAUUGGAUCAAUUGCAGUGGGCAAGUUGGCGGACUUGGUUAUCUUCGACACGACCUCUCCUUCAAUCAGCUGUGCAGCUGACCAUGACCCAUUGACUGCUAUCGUCCGCCAUGCAGGCGUCAGAGAGGUUGAGACCGUUAUAGUAGGCGGCAAGGUUCGUAAGCACAAUGGAAGUCUGCAGACCGUGCACUUGGCGGAGGGUCGAGAAACUGGCUUCGAUCUCAAGCACGAGGCAUUUAACUCAAAGAAUGGAUUGUCGUGGAAAGAAGUUGCAAAGGAGUUGUCGAGAAGUCGAAGUGAGAUUGAGACUAGGAUUAAUAAGGUCAACAAAGAGCUGGCUAAGGAGAAGCUUAUUGGAAUGAUGGGCGGCUUGCAGGAUAUCUUGGUUGACUGA